AUGGGUCAAGUGCUUUCGUGCAAAUUCGGCAAAAAUUCACGGGUGUCCACGUCGCAUGGGCGGGGUGGGGCCGGCGUCAAGAACUUCGACCCGGACGAGAAAUGGUCCAAUUUGUACAGAGAGCGGGAGAAGAACCACCUCUACAAAUGGGUGGGCGUUCGGUCGGGUAAGCACAAGUUGCGAGAGAAAUCAAUUUUUUGAAAAAAAGUUUGCUUUUAGCACAGUAUCGAUCUCCCGAAAUUUCAAAAUAUUCAGAUAGGAAUCAGUGCACGUAUUUUACAACAACAAAAAAAAACGAUCAUUCAUUUUUACAGGCGGAGAGAUCAUCACAAUAUACGAGAAAGAAGGAGAAGAGGGCGUUCUCAGAUUCGCGGCCGAAAAAAUCGAGCCAAUGAUGUAUGAGAAUGGCGAGAAAACACAAGUCAUCAAAUUUGCAGAUUACAUACGAUACAAGAAGAGCGUCGUAAGUGCUACUUUGGAGGAAUUUUGGGCUUAUGUAUUCAUACAGUGGGGGAUCUGAUCCAGCGGCAAAAAAUGUACCAUUUUGCAUCCGGGAAGUAUCAAAAAUGUGGCAAAAUGCUUCCAAAAGAGCGGGCGCCCUUCAAAACGAAGAUUUUUCACUUGGAGAGGGAAGCAUUUCGCCACUUUUUUUACUUCCCGGAUGCAAAAUGGUGCGUUUUUUGUCACUGGAUCAGGUCCGUCACUGUACUUUAUGCACUGUGCUUCCAAUUUUGCAUCAAAAAAUCGCUCCUUUCAGAGUGUCGAGCUGGGCCUCACGGAAGAAGAGACCAUGGACGAGAACAAGUCCAAAUUCCGCGAGCACGAAGCCCAAUGGCGGCUGAAUAAACGCGGGGUGGACGGAGAGACGAUCGUUCAUCUUCUUCUCAACCGAGAGGAGCCCUCGUGCGCGGAGAUUGCCCGGAUACUGAUCCAAAAGUAUCCGGGCCUCGCCAAAGACAUUUAUUUAGGCGAUGAAAUGUUUGGUAAGCGGUGAAAUGCGGUGCUGACAAGUUUUUUCUCAGGUCAAAGUGCACUUCAUUUGGCAAUCGUUCAUGAUGAUUAUGAUACGGUGCAGCUGUUACUGGAGAAAGGCGCAGCUGUGAAUGCGAGAGCUUGUGGUGACUUCUUCCUGCCCGAGGACACCGACGAAUCCAACGCGAGGAAUUACAGUUACCAAGGUGAGGAUUUGUCAUCAUUAUUUUCUAAGAAUGGGCUUCGGAAAAGAUUUUCUAAAAAUGGGCUUCGAAAAAAAUGAAUCCAAAGAUCAUGACGAAUAUUGUUUUGCAGGCUACGCCUACUACGGCGAGUAUCCUCUGGCAUUCGCGGCUUGUUUUGGCAACAAAGACAUCUAUGAUCUCCUCAUUCAGUACGGCGCCAACCCCGACCUCCAGGACAUGUUCGGAAACACCUGCCUUCACAUGUGUGUAAUUAAUUACAGCAGUGUAAGUGGAAUGAAAUAAGCGUCUUAUGCGCCCUUGCAGAGCAUGUACAGUUAUGCCGUGCGGCAUUGGCACAAACCCGCCAAGCCGAAUGUCGUCAACAACGCCGGCUACACUCCGCUGACCUUGGCCACCAAAUUGGGUCGAAAGCAUAUCUUCGAGGAAAUGUUGGAGCUCAUGAAAGUGGUAGGUAUAUUGUAAAAUUAUCCCUGCAACAUUUUUGAAAUGGGGUUUGUAAAAUUUUCCAAAAGCGUCAUUUUAUACGAUGAAAAGUUUCAUGAUGGUUUCUUUCGUAUAAAAUGUCGCCUGAGACUAAAUGGAGAUUUUUGGCUAAUAAAACAAAAUUUUUGCAAAAAAAGGUGCUAAAAAUGAAGUUUGAAAAUACAAACAUUUUAGGAGUUCUGGCGAUUUUCGGACAUGACUUGCAGUGCCUAUCCAUUGGACACAUUGGACACAAUCCGGCCAGAUGGAUCAACGAGUAAGUAAUAGUAUAGAAAAAUCAUCUCUUUGCAAAAAAGAUACAGUUACGGACCUGAUCCAGUGGCAAAAAACGUACCAUUUUGCAUCCGCGAAGCAUCAAAAAUGUGGCAAAAUGCUUCCCUCUCCAAGUGAAAAAACUUUGUUUUGAAGGGCUCCCUCACAAAGAGCGGGCGCGAUUUUUGCAAUCGGAGUUUUUUCACUUGGAGAGGGAAGCAUUUUGCCACAUUUUUGAUACUUCCCGGAUGCAAAAUGGUACGUUUUUUGCCACUGGAUCAGGUCCCCCCACUGUAUUCCCCAUAAAAAAUGUCACUUCAAAAUUUUUAGAUUACGACUCGGCGUUGAUGACAGUCAUCAACGGCUACACUCCAGAGCAUUUGGAUAUGAUUGGAAGCGAGGUGAUUCAACGUCUUUUGGCCGAUAAAUGGAAAGCCUUUGCGGCCAGGAAGUUGUACGAACGUUUGGGAUUACUGGCCUUUCAUUUGGUCUGCCUUUGUUUCGUCGUCUACCUUCGACCCACCGAAACGGAACGGCUCUUCUUUAAGGUUAUGCAAUAUGAUGACUAUGUGAGUAAAUAGAACCGAAGCAAACCGUAUUUUACUCUGUUUUUGAAAUUCCUUUUUUAGGUCCGAGCAGUUUUCGAAUUCCUGACAAUCUGCAGUUGUGUUUGGUUUGUUUUUGCCCAGCAAGUGGGCGAUUUAAGGACUCAAGGGGUGCAAGGAUACCUCAGAAACUUGGUGAGCCAACUGAAUUUUGUUUUGUGCCUUUCAGAAUCCAAAUAUAAAAAGUUUAAAAAUUAUAAAAAGUUGACAAAAUUUCCACUUUUCCAAAAAUUUUUUCAAAGUCGCUACUGGUAAUAUAAAGUUUAUAAAUAAUUUUUUAUAUGUUGAUUGGCACUAAAAAGAUACAUUUUUGCUUUUUUUGGAACAUUUUACGACCUCACAGGCUAUUGAAACAGAAUGCCAAAAACGGCGGGAAUUUGAAAUUUUGAAUUUUUCUAACGAAAAUUCAUGAGAUUAAAAUAUUGGUAAAUCUCUUCGAAGCAAUUUUUUAAUGCCUAAACACAUUUUGCGACCUCACAGGCUAUUAAAACAGAAUGCCAAAAAUGGCGGGAAUUUGAAAUUUUGAAUUUUUCGAACGAAAAUUCAUGGGAUUCAAAUAUUGAUAAACCAUUUUGAGCAAUUUUUAUGCUCUUUUCAGGCCACAGCCCCAGCCAAGAUUGUAUAUCUAAUAGCGAAUAUCUGCCUAUUACUCUGUGUCCCAUUCCGCUUCACGCAGCAGAAUCAGAUCGAAGAAGGGCUUCUGAUCUUCGCCAUUCCGGGUAGUUGGAUCUUCUUGUUGUUCUUUGCCCGUUCCGCCAAACUGACCGGACCUUUCGUGCAGAUGAUCUACAGUAUGAUUGCUGGUGACAUGAUUCGUUUCGGGAUCAUUUCAGCAAUCUUCUUGGUAUCCUUCUCACAGGGUAAGAUGGCUAUGCCGAUGGCAUUUUCAUGGGAAUUCCGGCUGGAAAUCGUUGAAAAAAUUGAGCAAAAUUUUGCAUUCGCUUUUUCGGAUUUGAAAUUUACUUUUUUUUUAGUCUUUUACUUUGUUGGCAAGGACAUGGCGGCGAAACAACAUCUUCAACCAACUGAUGAUGCUUAUUGUCCAAUUUCUGGGUAUGAAAUCUACACGUACAGCACUUUUUUGGAGACCUUUGUCACCUUGUUCAGAGCUAGUAUGGGUGGUUAUGAUGUAAGUUGGAAAAAAAUUGCCUUAAAAUACGAUUAGAAAAUUAAAAAUGCCGAUUUAUAACACUUUUCGCCCGUUUUCAGUACGAAGAAUUCGGUUGUACGAACUACGAACCGCUCACGAAGACCUUGUUUGUCCUGUACAUGUUCGUCAUGCCAAUUAUGAUGAUCAACAUCCUCAUCGCUAUGAUGGGUAACACUUACACCACCGUCAUCUCGCAAGCCGAAAAGGCCUGGCGACAGCAAUACGCGCAGAUUGUGAUGGUGUUGGAGCGAUCGGUGAACAAACAAAAACUAGCGGCAUGCCAGUUGGAGUAUUCGAUCAAGUUGAACGAGACUUCCAGAGGUUUGAUGGUCAUCAAACAGACCAGAAAGACGAGGGCGAGACAGCGAAAGCAAGCGAUCAACAACUGGAAGGUGGGUUGUUGAAAGAGAAUAUGAGAGAAACGUUGAUUACUGUAGCCUAUAUAGGCUUUACUAUGGCCUAUACAGGCUUUACUAUGGCAUGUAAAAGCUUUACUAUGGCCUAUAUAGGCUUUACUACGUCCUAUAUAGGCUUUACUAUGGCCUAUAUAGGCUUUACUAUGGCCUAUAUAGGCUUUACUAUGGCCUAUAUAGGCUUUACUAUGGCCUAUAUAGGCUUUACUACGUCCUAUAUAGGCUUUACUAUGGCCUAUAUAGGCUUUACUACGUCCUAUAUAGGCUUUACUAUGGCCUAUAUAGGCUUUACUAUGGCCUAUAUAGGCUUUACUACGUCCUAUAUAGGCUUUACUAUGGCAUGUAAAAGCUUUACUAUGGCCUAUAUAGGCUUUACUACGUCCUAUAUAGGCUUUACUAUGGCCUAUAUAGGCUUUACUAUGGCCUAUAUAGGCUUUACUACGUCCUAUAUAGGCUUUACUAUGGCCUAUAUAGGCUUUACUAUGGCCUAUAUAGGCUUUACUAUGGCCUAUAUAGGCUUUACUAUGGCCCAUAUAGGCUUUACUACGGCCUAUAAAGGCCAUAGUAAAGCCUAUAAAGGACAUAGUAAUCAACAUUACCGUGGCCUGUGAAGGCCCUAGUAAUCAACACAAUUUACAAAAGUUUAUGCGUCUGACGGGAAUCGAACCCGUGUCGAUUGCUUGGAAGGCAACCAUGCUGACCAUUACACCACAGACGCUCAUGAUCCCGCAGCUCGUUAUUGAGAGGAAAUCCCCGCAGAUUUUGAUAAAUCUCUUUUUUCGUCAAAGAGAACUCAAAGAAAAUGUGUUUUCCCCCGAAAUUCGAUGAUGAAAUCCAACGACUGACCACUAUUUUAUCUUCCGAAAUUUUCAAAUGACGAAAAAUUCCAGAAAAUCAAGCACAAUGUCAUGAAGAUGGUGGACAAGUAUGGUGCCGAACAAACCAAAUUCCUAUUACAUAGUCAUGAUCGAAUCAUAAUUGAGGAGACGGUGACCGGAAACGUUGAUGCUGUCGUUGCAGCGGCCGCUGUGAACAUGGCCAGAAGCUCGAGCAACCGGACUCCAAGUCGCGCUGAGAGUGAAAAUAAAGUGAGUAAAUCACUGUAAUCUUCGUCUUGAAUGUAAUUUCGUACAUCCUUAAUGUAAUUUCACACUUCUUUAAUGUAAUUUUCAAUCUUUUUCCAAUGGUUUUGCAAAGCUGUGACUAAACUGGCGUCCAUUUUCAGGACAAACCAGCCUCCGUGAUGGUGCCGGUUCGGCCGCUGACUGGCAGCCGCAGAGACUCCGUAAAGCCCUCUUCUCAUCGUAUCCCAAUCGAAUCUCCGACCAAAGAAGAGCCAGAAACACAGCGAUUGGAACAUCAGUCGUCCGAGGAGCGGCAUGAUCAAACUCCUCCGCAUGGGUCGAACACUCGCAAGAAUGGAUACGUCCAUGUGACGCAACGAAGUCUAACGGCAGUCGCAACGGGAACUGUUCGAGGUAAGGGGACGUUUGAGCGGUGGAAUUGAUAAGCAGGCAGAACAUAUACGGUGACGGACGUGAUCCAGUGGCAAAAAUCGUAUCAUUUUGCAUCCGGGAAGUAUCAAAAAUGUGGCAAAAUGCUUCCCUCUCCAAGUGAAAAAAUUCGUUUUGAAGGGCGCGCCUUUUUUUCCUCACAAAAAGAGCGGGUGCGCUUUUGAAAUCGGAGUUUUUUCACUUGGAGAGGGAGUAUUUUGCCACAUUUUUUGAUGCUUUCUGGAUGCAAAGUAGUACGUUUUUUGCCACUGGAUCAGGUCUCCCACUGUACAUAUAAAAACCAUUUUUUUUAUUAUCGACCACUACAUACGGCUUCCUCAAAUCCACUAAUUAUCCCAUUCAGCUAGCUGCAGCUUCUUUGCAAUGCACGAGCUAAAAUCUCCAGAAAUAUUCACCUUUACGGUAGAAAUAGCGAUGCAACUUUUCGUGCCGAAAUUCGACAAACAGUCUCAAAUUUUGACCAACUUUCGACCUAAAAAUCUCGGUAGUUUCUGCAAAGCGCGAGCUAGGAUUCUCGCAUAUAUUUUAGAAAAAAUUAUUCUAAAUUUGUGCCAAGUUUCAUCAAAAUCUGAGCGUCGCACUUGGGGCACUUCCCCUGUCAGUUUGAUGUGGCAUUCUUCUAAAAAUAUUCAUGCUAAACUUUGAGGUUGAUUGCGUUUUUCCCCUAUUCAUUAUAAUCCAUUUUCAGGAGUAGACCUGCUUCCCAGUGUGGACAUCCCCAACAUCCCAGCUCGAGGGGCUAACUCCAGCUCCAACUCGAAUUCCGACGGCACUCCGCCGCUUCGGAUUCUGAGUCCGCCGAUUCGUCAGGACAUGUUCCGUCAGCGGAGGACGCGCGGAUCUCCCAAAUCCGACGAAAACCAAUAA